UUAUCAGAUGUUACUUUAACACUGAAACAGUUUCUUUCAACGACGUGUUCAGACAAACUAUACAAACAGAGAAGAAGACGUCAGGCUCCACCGCGAGGAGACGCGGAAAAACGGUUUCCUUGACAACGGACCCCCCGUCUGAGUCCCUGAUGUCUCGGGCGGAGCCGGGCGGAGCGGGGGGGCCAUGGCUGGACGCUCACUACGACCCGGUGGCCGGGCUGCACAGCUUCUCGUCCUGCGUGGCCCUGGCGGACCUGAGCGGGGACGGGGAGAGCCGGCUGGUGGUGGGGGACCUGGGCUCCGGCGCCCCGGGGGGGGGCAUGAAGCUGAAGGUCUACCGGGGCACGGCACUGCUGAGCGAGAGCGCCCUGCUGGACCUGCCCUCCGGCCUGGUGGCCUUCUUCAUGGACCUGCACCAGCCCCGCAGCCCCGCCGUGGCCGUGGCCUCGGGGCCCUGCGUCUACGUCUACAAGAACCUGAGGCCCUACUUCAAGUUCACGCUGCCGGGCCUGGAGGUCAACGCCCUGGAGCAGGACGUCUGGCAGCAGGCGAGGGAGGGGCAGAUCGACCCCCUGACCCUGAGGGAGAUGCUGGAGGGCAUCAGGAAGAAGGCCGCCGUCCCGCUGUCCGUGCGCUCGCUCCGCUUCCUGUCCCUGGAGACCGGCGACAUGGACGAGUUCGUCCAGCUGCACAAACAGCAGCCAAUCAAACGCCAGACCGUCAUCACCUGCAUCGGGACUCUGAAGAAGAGCACGGCCGAUGAGGACGGCGUCAGCUGUCUGGUGAUCGGCACGGAGAGCAGCGAGGUCUUCGUCCUGGACCCCGAGGCCUUCAUCAUCCUCUCCAAGAUGUCGCUGCCGGCCCCUCCCACCAUGAUGGACGUGACUGGUCAGUUCGACGUGGAGUUCCGCAUCACGGUGGCAUGUCGCAACGGCAACAUCUACAUCCUGCGCAGGGAGUCGGACAAACCGAAGUACAGCAUCGAGCUGCCGUCUCACCCGGUGGGUCUGGUGAGGGUCGGCAAGAACGUGGUGGUCGGCUGCAGUGAUGAGAGCCUGCAGGCCUUCACUCAGAAGGGGAAGAAGCUGUGGAAGGCCGUCCUCCCGGCGCCCAUCACCAGCAUGGCCGCCAUGGACCUCCCCACCAGGGGCUUCCAGGCGGUUCUGUUGGGCCUGGCCAACUGCGAGAUCCACCUGUACCGGGACAAGAACCUGCUGAGCACCAUCAAGACGCCCGACGUGGUAAGCAGCAUCUGUUUCGGCCGGUACGGACGCGAGGACGGGACCCUGAUCGUGACCACCAAGGGAGGGGGUCUGAUGGUGAAGAUCCUGAAGAGGACCGCGGCCUUCGACCACCAGGACGGCGCCACCGGGCCGCCGCCGGCCCAGAACGUCCGCCUCAACGUGCCCAAGAAGACCAAGCUGUACGUGGACCAGACGCUGAGGGAGCGCGAGAGCGGGCUGUCCAUGCACCGCGCCUUCCAGAUGGACCUGAGCCGCCUGCGCCUGACCGCCGCCAAGUCCUACGUGGAGGCCCUGGAGUCCAGCCUGGCGCCGAUGUCCUCCAGCCUCACCGAGCCGCUCAAGAUGAACGCCGUGGUGCAGGGCCUGGGCCCGGCCUUCAAGCUGACCCUGAACGUCCAGAACACGGCGGCGUGCCGGCCCGUCGCGAACCUGUCCGUCAGCUUCCUGUACGACGAGAGCCUCUACCGGAUGAGGAGCCCCUACCUGAGGAUCCCCCUGCUGGUGCCCGGGCUCAUCUACCCCGUCGAGACCUUUGUGGAGUGCACCAGCGACAAGGGCAUCUCUGACAUCAUCAAGGUGUUCGUCCUGCACGAGGGGCGGAGCUCCCCGCUGCUGACCGCGCACAUCAACAUGCCCGUCAGCGAGGGACUGACCCUCAACUGACCCCACGCCGCUUCAACUCCAUUCAUCAAAGACUCAUUGUAGGAUUCUCUCUCAGGGAUUACAAUCACGUAGUCUGUCAUAUUAUUUAUUGGUUCUUUGUAUGUUAUUGUUAUGUUAUGUAUAUUGUGUGUCCUGUGUGAUGCAGAGUGAGUGAAUAUUGA